UGUGGCAAGUCGGCGGCAGCGAAGCGUGCGAAGCAAUGAGCGAACGGUGGAGUUUUCCGUCUUUUGACCACGUAAUGUGGCGUAAUAACCUGGAAGACUUACCACGGGUAUCUGAGGGCGCGUUAGAAGCCUUGUGCGCUUCGGAAACGCCAUCGUCGCGGCAGCGGAGCAAGUCGUACGCCUUUGCCACCGAAGCGUACACCCUGCCUUCGUCAGUGAUGACGAACGUCUGCGACUCGAGGCUUGGUGUCGUCUAUGCGAAAGCUACAUGCUUCAGGAGCCAGAAGAAGACUGGAGUGCCAUAUAAAAUUCGAGUCGCAUUUAGGCUUGACACUGGUGCAGUGACGGGUGCAACUUGUGAGUGCCCUGCUGGAGCAAGCGGUGCGUGCAGCCACAUUCUCGCCACUCUUCGGUUGAUUAUCUUGUUGAAGAAAAAAGGCUACAAGGAGACACCGCCAGAGUUGUCGUGCACUGAGCUCCCACAACAGUGGCGGCGCCCUCGACGACAAGGCAUCAGGCCAAUGAGUGUCCAAGACGUGGAUUGGAGGAGUCCCCGUGAAGGCGGCAUGCCCACACCAAUGCCAGUGCGGCUGUUUGAUGCCUGCGCCAAGAAGCAAGACGAGCAACGGCAGCUGGAGUUGCUGCAUGAACUGGGCAGAACACUCCAGAGCCUUGGGAACCAGGACUUCGGCGCAGUACUACUGGCUGCCCGAGGGCCACUGACGGACACAAAACUGGGGCCUGCACCUGCUGGUUCACCGCUGUCUUAUCAGCAGGCAAUGCUACCCUCCGGCUACAAGACGUGGACCUCGGCAAACAUUUCUGCAGGAAUCGGCCUUGCAACUUCAGUACCGGAGCUCUCUCUCUUCGAUGGGACUCGACAACAUACAUUCUCUGGCACGUUCAGUGCGGAGGAAUGGCAAAUAUUGACGGGGAUCGAAGUGUCGCCGGAAAGUGCCAGGGAGCUCGAACUGAACUCCAGACAGCAAGGACGGAGUGCACACUGGCGAGACGCGCGGCGCCAACGAUUAACCGCUUCAAGUUUUGGUCGUGGAUCCAAGCGAGAACAGUGGACAGAAACGGGCUUGCGGAACCUCAUCGAGCCAAAAGACAUCUCGCAUGUUCGCGCAGUUCAGUACGGGCUAAGAAAUGAAAGUUUGGCUGCGGACCGCUAUACAGCUGUUAUGACUAACUUCAAGCACAAUGUGUCGCUCCAGCACUGCGGCUUAGUAGUAAACCCUGGAUUCCCGUGGCUUGGUGCCACACCUGACAGGCUGGUAUAUGAUCCAGAGCAGCUCUCGUAUGGAGUCCUUGAAAUCAAAUGUCCGUAUUCACUCAAGGACACUGAACCAGAUUAUGCCAGGAUGCAGAACUUCUACAUAACAUUCAAUGAAAACGAUGAGCCACAUCUUGACCGGGACCAUGACCACUAUGCCCAGGUGCUUGGCCAAAUGGCUCUGACCGGAUGUCGCUGGGGAGACUUCGUUGUCUGCUCAGAGAAGUGGAUAGUCGUUGAGCGCAUUCGCUUUAAUUUUCAGGACUGGGUGGAAAUGCGGCAAAAGCUUGACGAUUUUUACUUUCGGCACAUGUUGCCCUAUGUUGCCCGCAAGUAAACCAGCUC